AUGACCCAAGACUCCAAAACAUCCCAACCCAUUCAGGGUACCAACGAGGAAGUGGAACAGAUAGAAACACUGUCUCCACAGGUCAAUGAUAAUAUCAAUGAAAAAUCCAAGAUCAAAGAAGAAACGACUGCAGCACCUGAAUAUGUGAACGAAUUCAACGAACAAGUCAGCCUGAGUUGGCGAUCAUGGAUGGUCGUCUUGGUCUCGUGUUUCGCCAUUGUUGCGCAAGUCUUUGUCGUCACGGCUGCUGGUUCGGUCAUCGCGUUUAUAAUUCGCGAUCUGGGCAAGAACAGUCCCGAUGCGGGUGCUCUUGCUGGAUGGAUCAUUCAGGGUCCCCUCCUAAUGCAAUCCGUAUUGUCACCUAUCGUCGGACGACUCAGCGAUGUCCUUGACAGAAAAUAUAUUGCCUCUGUGCCUCCUUUGAUUGCUUUCGUCGGUGCCGUUGUCUCUGCCAAAGCAACUUCUAUCAGUAUGCUGAUUGGCGGCGGUAUACUCAUUGGCGCAACGCUGGCAACGAUUGCUAUCGUGCAGGCUAUUCCGAGUGAGAUCUUGCCGUUGAAGCAUCGAGCUUUGGCAAAUGGAUUCGCUUAUAUGGGUGGUGCUAUUGGCGGAAUAUCGGGAGGUUUAGUAGCUGGCGCAGUUACAGAAGCAAACCCCAGCGGAUGGAGAGACAUUUUCUGGAUCCAGGCUGGCUUGCACAUUGCCACAAGUGCUGGACUUUUGCUCUUCUAUCAUCCAACCCGCCGAACUGAUUACCCCAGAAUGUCAUUCAAGGAACACCUCUGGGCCUGUGACCCUAUUGGAUCUCUUAUGUUUAUUGCGAGUGUGACAUGUCUGUUGUUGUCUUUGAACUGGGCCGCUGGGUUGUAUGCGUGGUCUGAUGUACAUGUUGCUGCUCCUCUUGGUGUCGGUCUGUUCCUGUUUGUUCUUUUCUGUUUAUACGAAUGGAAAGGCAGAAACGACGGCCUUGUGGCCCACGUCUUCUUUCAAGGCUCCCCAAACUUUGCUUUAUCAGUCUUUGCCUUUGCCGUCGAAGGAUGGAUAUUUUACAGUGCCGUUACCAGUGUCAUCCCACAAGUUACUCUUUAUCUUGGCUUGGAGACGAGUGCUUUGAUCAUCUCUGUCAGAGGUCUGGCUUAUAAUGCUUCGGCAGCUCUUUGCUCUAUGGCCAUCACAUGGUACUCGACAAGGACGAAAGAUCUGAAGUGGCCUUUGGUUGUUACCUUUGGUUUCUUUUUGAUUGCAACAAUCACCUACACCGUGAUAACCCCCUCAAUGAAUAAAGCUCAAAUCGGGUUCAAUGUCUUGAUCGGCAUCGGUCUCUCUGGUCCCUUGACUUUACUCGUUGCUCUCGUCCAAUUCACUGCUCCCCAUCGCCAUCUCUCAACAGCCACUGGACUCGCAUUUUCCGCUCGCGCAAUCGGCGGCGCUUUCGGCUCCGCCGUUCUCGACGCCAUCAUCAAUGGCGUAUUGGGCAACACAUAUGCAUCCAAAGUCAGCACUGCCGCCGUUGACGCUGGAUUGCCGCAAUCAGACAUCUCUGCACUUUUAGCUGCCAUGUCCGCGGGCACACCGUUGACAUCUGUUCCUGGUAUUAAUACGACUAUUGCUGCGGCUGCAGAGAUAGCGAGUCAAAAUGCGUAUGCGCAUGCAUAUCAUUUGGCGUGGGCGAGUAUCAUCCCGUUCGUGGUGUUGGGUAUUGGCUCGGUGUUGGGGUUGAAGGGUGUUAAGCAUCUGAUGACUGAGGAGAUUGAGGCGACUGUUGAGCAUGUGCCGGUCAAUGAUGUUGAGAAGCCGUUGUAA